AUGGGGUGGGUGACAUGUCUCCAGCCGAAUUCCUUGUGGGAAGCUACCCGGAAAGACAAGGAGAAGAUUCUGGGCCCCAAGGCGUUGAAGCUCACGACCGCUGAGCAGAUCAGCCUGAACAAGGAGCAGCAAGUGGUUGUGGCCAAUGAUGCUCGGGUGGAGUCCGUCUUCAGCGCCGGGCGCCUCCCAACCAAGUUCCACACGGACUUGCUGCACAGCUUGUGCUGCAAUGCUGUCAUUGACUUGUUCGCAGGGCAAGGAGAGAUGGCCCAGGCGUGCUUGGACACACGCACCCCCAUUGUGGCAUUUUGCUGCACCGAAGCGCACGCGGAGGCGCUGGAAGAGAGAUUGACCAAGUAUGUGCUGACCAAAUUUACGGAAAAGGGGCACACUUUGCAUCGCGAGGAUGCAAAAAAUCUGAUGGUCGGGAGUUCGAGUGUUCUGCUGAGUGAUUUUGUUUGUGCUCAUGUCCGUGGAUGUUUGCACUACUUUGUCCUUUGGUUCACAGCCCGCAGCCAUUUUCUGACCGCGCUUCUCUGCCCCCGUGUUUGUGGCACGUCGCCCCUCUCUCUUCAAUGGCGUCCUCCGCUGCCGGAAGUGAAUGGUCCUUUGUGCACGCUCCUGAUGGUACGCUGGUCGUACUGCCAGGCGUGGGCCCUAUGA